AUGGGAUGGACCGUGAACGUCACGCAGUUCAUCAAGAUGAAACCGUUCAGCAUUGUGCUGCUCGGCGACUCCAUCACUGAGAUCACCUGCUGGCGACCCAUUGUGUGGGAGCAGAUCACAUCCGCCGGGUUGGCUUGCAAUGUCGACUCUGUGGGAAGCAUGAACAAUCUCCAGGGUGCAUACACGAGGCCGUCUGGGUUCGACCCGGACCACGAGGGCCAGGGCCUCGAUAUGAGAGACGCCUCGUUCGCGCAACAACCGAUCCGGCCAUUGGACCACUCGCAAGGAUACCAAUUCGAUCCUCUCCUUCACCUGCCAGGCAUCUCGCCCUACUUUGACGCCGUUGGCUUUGGCCUGUCCCACGCCGCGCCCGACGGGUGCACCGUGACCGCUGCGUCCUAUCUCAUCCGCCAUGCGGCCAUCUACGCCAACGACGCCGAGUACGAGGACUACAUCCAGCCUUUCCUCGCCAAGCUAGACAAGCACCGCGGGGGUUUCUCGGGGCCCCUGGAGAUCCUCAACGACUGGACCUCGCCUAUUGACGAGGAUCACCUCGAGGACGUCACCCCCUCGGGCAAGGUGGACGCGACCAGGAUCGGGCAUCAUCUCGUCAAGCGCUACCCUCACCUCGCAGGAUCCGUGGAGCGUGUCGUGGCCGACACCAAAGCCCGGACAUACGAUACCGCCCGGGCCUUUCUCAAGGCGUUCCCCCACGACGGCGACAUUGAUGUCACCCGCCUCGACAAGAAGGAGCUCCACGACGGCACGCGGGCUGUCCUCCCACACAAGGCGUGCUCCAACUUUACGAAAGCCCCCGGGACAGAGGAGCAGCUCGAGUUCCUCCAGGUCUACGGCACGCAGACCUCGCGUCGCCUGCGUCCCUUCACCCCGGAUGACUUCGCCCUCGCGCCCAAGGACGUCUUUGCCCUCCAGUCCAUCUGCGGUUACGAGUCGGCCAUCCAGGGCGCGCGCUCGGCCAUCUGUGAUUUCUUCUCGGAUGCCGAGUGGCUCUCGUACGAGUACGCCUGGGACAUGAAGUACGCGCACAUGGUCGGCCCGCUCAACCCUCUGUCCAGCUACCUUGGCUUUCCUUGGCUUCAUUCGCAAUCCCAGCUUUUCGAGGCCAUUGACGAGGGCGCAGCGCUGGGCAACGGGACACCUAUCGAGUGGCCAUCCGAGCAGCGCUUGUUCUUCUACUUUACGCAUCGCGAGGUGCCCCCAUUCGUGGCCACGGCGCUGGGCAUCUUCAACUCCUCCUCGUACCAGGGACGCGACGAGUUCCCCACCUCGCACGUCAACCACGUGCGGGCGUGGAAAAUGUCUGAUCUGAUCCCGUUCCUGGGCCACGUCGGCAUGGAGAAGAUGACCUGUGACAGGGCGGACAUGAAUGGGGGCGAGGGCGGCCAGGAGGACUUUGUGCGGUUCAUUGCCAACACGGCACCGCGGCCGCUGCCGUUGUGCCAGAGCGGACCGGGCGCCAGCUGCCCCUUUGAGACCUUUCAGGGCAUCGUCCGCGCGGGGAUGGACAAGUACGGGGACUUUGAUGGUGUGUGCCAGAAUGGGGGGUAG